UUUUACAUGUUGUUUUCAGAUCAGUGAGUUCGCCCCGAUACCACUCCCCGAUCAUAUAGGCUGCACGACGCCCAAAGCAGAGACGGAGCGCACGAUGAAGGAGACGGAGAAAGAGAAGGAAGGUGGAGGGAAAGGAGAAACAACUAAAACAGAGAAAGAUCAGAGCUGGAUACCAAAGAUUAUCAAAAAGAGAGUGUGCACGACUUUUGUGGAAGAUUCUUUCAGUAAUGGAGCCCUGUGUCAGUGUGGAGGGGUACGGGAGGCGCACGGUUCGAUCGCCAUGGGGGAUUACUUCGGAGCAGCCAUCGUGAGUCAGUGGGACAGUGCCCAGCACUCCUCGGAAUACCCCACCGAUGCCUUUGGAGAGCUGGAGUUUGCCGGUGCAGGGAAGAGACACAGUCAUUUCCUGCGCCUGUCCUGUGACACGCCCCCGCAGAUUGUGUACACCUUGAUGACGGCGCACUGGGGCGUGCCCGCACCCAACCUGGUGGUGUCGGUCGUGGGCGGGGAGGGCAGGGAGAAGGUGAAGACCUGGGUUCGAGAGGUGCUGAGGCAGGGGCUUGUCAAGGCUGCUCAGAGCACAGGAGCGUGGAUACUGACGGGCGGAUUGAGAGAGGGGGUGGGGAGGUGUGUUGGGGAAGCGGUGAGGGAUCAUGGAACUGCCGCCCCGUCUCUCUCACACACGAAAGUCAUCGCCCUGGGCAUCGCCCCCUGGGGCCUGGUCCACAACAGGCAGCAACUGGUGAACCCACAGGGAAGUUUUCCAGCAAGGUACUAUGUGCAGAACACCUCGCGAGACUCCUGCUGCCUGGACAACAACUACCAGGCUUUCCUUCUGGUGGACGAUGGGAGCGUGGGGCGCAGAGGAGGCGAGAUGGGAUUCAGGGCCAGACUGGAGGAUUACAUCUCCCACCAGAGGACUGGCAUCUGGGGCAGUGGAAGCAUCGAGAUCCCAGUGCUGUGCAUGCUUGUUGCAGGAGAAGCCGCCAUGCUGGAGCGAGUGGACCUCUCCCUUCGGAACUGCACACCCUGGCUGGUGCUGGCCGGGUCGGGCACAGCAGCCGACCUCAUCUGCGAGGUCCUAGAGGACCUCUCGUCCUUACCGUUGGCGUCACCCACCACUGAAGUAGACGGGGAAGGGUCCAACGUGGAGCUGCGGGAGAGAGUCAGGGAGAGGGUGAAGAAGUACUUUCCCUCAGAGGCAGAGAGAGAGACGGAGAAACUGACUGAAAGGACUCUCAGCAUCUAUCAGAACAGAGACCUGAUCACAGUGUACAACAGAGAGCAGGAAGGACCUGAUGAUUUUGACACUGUAAUACUCAAAGCCCUGGUCAGAGCCAGUAAACGUGUUUCCAGUGAUGCCAGCGAGUACACGGAGGAGCUGAAGCUGGCUGUGGCCUGGAACAGGGUGGACAUCGCCAAGAGCGAGCUCUUCAAUGGGGACAUCCAGUGGAAGUACGAGGACCUGGAGGACUCCAUGACAGACGCCCUGGUGAACGAUAAGCCCCAGUUUGUGCGGCUCUUCACGGAGAACGGCCUGAACAUCCUGGACUACCUGACGUACAGGCGGCUGGAGAGCCUGUACCGCUCGGUGUCGGACAGCUCGCUGGCCUACACCCUGCUACAGCGCAGGUUGAGUGAGAGGCAGACCUCCGCUGGCUCCGUGCUCUCCGUCCCCACCGGGCUAGACCCCACGCUGUCCCUGAAGGUGCCAGAGAGUCAGAUGACAGGACCCAGCUCUGCCAAGGAGCUCAGUCUGUAUGAGGUGUCACGGCUAUUAUGGGACAUCUUGGGGGAUGUAUGUCAGCCCUUUUACUACACCCCACUGGGACUGGACCAUUCCACUAGCACAAGGAAAGCACUCAAGCAAGUGAAUAAGCUUCUCCUGGGGGAGUGCUUGUACCGGGACCAGCGCUGCCUCUCUCCCUGGGCCUCCCUCUUCAUCUGGGCUGUCCUGCAGAACCGCAGCGAGAUGGCCAUCUACUUCUGGGAGAUGGCAGGCGAGUCUGUGCUGAGUGCCCUCAGUGGCUGUAAGAUGCUGAGGGAGCUGUCCAAGCUGGAGGGCGAGACCGAGACCAAGCUGUCCAUGAAGGAGCUGGCACAGAGGUUCGAGAACCUGGCCCAUGACGUCUUCAGUGAGUGCUACCAGAGCAGCGAGAGCCGCUCCUUCACGCUGCUGAUCAGGAAGUCUCCAGUAUGGGGCGGGGCUACCUGCCUGCAGAUGGCCACUGCAGCUGACGCCCGUCUCUUCUUUAGCCACGACGGUGUGCAGUCUCUGCUGUCUCAGAUCUGGUGGGGAGACAUGGAGAGAAGCACAGAGGUGUGGAAACUCAUCCUGACCUUUUUCCUGCCGCCCUUCAUCUACACCAACCUCAUCUCCUUCCGGGACCAGGAGGACGAGGCGAAGACCGAUGACAUCCCGCACCUAAGAGAGACGGACAGUCUGGACGGAGGAGAGACGGUGCUCUCUCUCGCUGACAUCAUGCACACUGAAGAAGAAGCUGAAGAGUAUAAUGCUCUCAGGAACAGACCUAAAGGCUCUUCCCCCUCAAGUUCGAAGCGGCCCUUUGUGGUUUCACGAUGGAGGCAGUUCUGGUUCGCACCGGUCACUUCAUUUCUUGGCAACGUGCUGAUGUACUUCCUCUUCCUUUUCCUGUUUGCCUAUGUGCUACUGGUCGACUUCAAGCCGCCACUCCCUCAGGGCCCCGCCCCUAUGGAGUUUGUGCUCUACUUCUGGGUCUUUACCCUUGUGUGUGAGGAGAUCCGGCAGACCUUCUUUGUGGGCAGCACCACGGUAUUCCAGAGGAUGAGACUGUACAUUCAGGACGUGUGGAACAAGUGUGAUCUCACGGCCAUCACUCUCUUCAUCUUUGGCUUGUGCUGCAGAAUGUUCCCGUGGUCCUAUGACUUUGGCCGGGCUAUGCUCUGUCUUGACUUCAUGGUGUUCACCCUGAGACUCAUCCACAUCUUUGCCAUCCAUAGACAGCUGGGACCAAAGAUCAUUAUCGUGGGCAAGAUGAUGAAGGAUGUGUUUUUCUUCCUGUUCUUCUUGGGGGUGUGGCUGAUGGCUUACGGUGUAGCCAAUCAGGCGCUGCUGUACUCCUAUGAUCCCCGCCCAGAUUGGAUCCUGCGGAGGGUGUUCUACAGGCCCUACCUGCACAUUUUUGGACAGAUCCCCUUACAGGACUUGGACGCUGCGAAGGUGGAAGAAGUGAAGUGCACAGACAACACGACUCUGAUUGAGGCCGGAGCGGAGCCCUGUAUGAACCCCUACGCCAACUGGCUGGUCAUCAUCCUGCUGGUGGUCUACCUGCUGGUCACCAACAUCCUGCUGCUCAACCUGCUCAUCGCAAUGUUCAGUUACACCUUCUCCAAAGUGCAGGAACACAGCGACACCUACUGGAAGUUCCAGCGCUACAACCUGAUAGUGGAGUACCACUCACGCCCCUCCCUUGCACCCCCCUUCAUCAUCCUGUCCCACCUCCACCUCUUCAUCAAGAGAAACAUCCGCAAGGUCCCCUCCGUGAAGAUCCGGCACUUCGUGCUGGAGCUGAGGGGCAGGAAGGCCAGCAGGCUGAUGACAUGGGAAGCCAUCCAAAAGGAGAACCUGCUGUCCGCGCAGAACAAGCGGCAGAGGGAGAGCGACACAGAGAGACUCAAGCGCACCUCCGUCAAGGUGGACAGUGUGCUGAAACAGAUGGCCGAGAUUCGAGAUCAUGAUCGCAGACUGAGAGUGCUGGAAGCAGAGCUGGAGUAUUGUUCCAGCGCCCUCUCGUGGAUGGUUGAGGCACUCUCUCAGAGCAACUUAAUCAAACACACUCGACCACCACCAACUCUCAAAGAGCCACCCCCCACCUCUCCGAGGUGUUGAUCCCGUCUCACUUCUCCAGAGAAAGUGACAGCCAGGCACUCAGGGUCAGCGAGUGGAGGAGGCUUGCUGUUUUCUUACCGUCAUUUCAUUUUAAUUCUCUUAUUCUUAUCUUAUUUUUAAAGGCAGCUGUACUUUGUCAGCUGUUUUAACAUUUCUGUUUAAAAUUGUUUUUUAAAUAGGCUUUUUAAAUUGAACUGUUAAUCUUCAACAGUAUGUGUUUAUUUCUUGUUUUUCACCUCUGUUAUCACACAGACUGAGGAAGAGAGGAAGAUUUGCGCAUACACAUACACACACACAUGCAAACACGCACACACACAAACAUACACAUACAUAUGCACACAGUAAUAUUCAAGGAAACAGUGUGACACAUAUUUGUACAUAGGGGAGCUUAAAUCCAGUAGCACUAAAUCAGUGCUUGUCUGAGAUGUGUUUUCAGCUUAAUUGUGAAUAAGAACCUGUUAUGCUGUAUUU